AUGGCUCCAGCAAUGCUUUCAACUCUGGUCCUAGCUGGACUUCCUCUUGCACUCAGUCAAUUCGUCAAGGCUCCGACGAAUUGGACCCAUGCUACUGGUUUUGCCGACAUUCCAGUCCGGUACAAGGAAGUCCCGAAUGGCAUCUGUGAGCUUAACAACACCGUAAAGAGCUACUCAGGAUAUCUUGAUGUUGACACCAAUGAACACUAUUUCUUCUGGUUCUUUGAAGCUCGUAACCAGAACCCCAAGGAUGCCCCUCUUACAGUGUGGAUCAACGGUGGCCCUGGUAGUAGUUCGAUGAUCGGGUUGUUCCAAGAACUUGGUCCUUGCAGAGUCGACUCGAAUGGCACAGUGGUCAACAACCCUCACUCGUGGAGUGAAUCUAGUAACAUGAUCUUCAUCGACCAGCCUGCCCAGGUCGGCUUUUCUUACUCCAUUCCUGUCCCUGCGUAUACUGAUCCCAACUCGGGAUCCAUCGUCACUCUACCAAAUGCCACCUGCCCUGAGUACGCACAAAGCUGCGGCACAUACUCUUAUCCCAAUGAGACCCUCACGGCGAAUUCGACCGCUGGGGUGGCACCGAACUUCUGGAAAGGUCUACAAGGCUUCAUGGGUGCUUUCCCGCAGUAUUCUCGCCACGAGUUCAAUUUUGCUACAGAGGUAAUUCACACCGAGGAGAAAUCCUAUAACUACUUGCUAAUACUCGUCAGNUCAUAUGGGGGUCAUUAUAGUCCAAUCAUCAACCAAUACAUCGAGAAACAAAACGAACUGAUCGCAAAGAACGAGCUUCCUACCGCUCACCACAUCAAUCUCAAAACACUCCUCAUCGGUAAUGGCUGGUACGAUCCAUUAAUACAAUACCAGGCCUACUACAACUUCACCGUUUCCCCCGGAAACACAUAUGAUUACAAGCCUUUUAACGAAAGCGUCUCUGCCAUGAUGUACAACGCUCUUUACGGACCGGGGAACUGUGUUGACAUGACCAAAGAUUGCUAUGCUCGUGGCAUCAACGAGGUUUGCAGCUUUGCCGACAACUUCUGUGCUAAUAAUGUCGAGAACGUUCUGGACAUUUUUGCUCUCCGUGAUGAGUACGACAUUCGCGAACUUUCGCCUGAUCCGUUCCCACCUACUUUCUACGUCGACUAUCUCAACUCGCCAAGGGUCCAGGAAGCCAUUGGAGCCUAUGUGAACUUCAGUGAGAGCAGCAGCGCUGUCUCGUCAGCUUUUGGAAGCACAGGUGACGACGACCGCCAGGACGGCACCAUCGAUGCACUCAAGUCGCUAGUGUGUGGAGAUAUCACCGUUGUUCUCUAUGCUGGCGAUGCUGACUAUAACUGUAAUUGGCUCGGUGGAGAGGUCAUUGCUGAGGAGGUCGACGCUCCCGGGUUUUCAACUGCGGGCUACACCAACGUUACAAGCUCAGACAAUGUUGUCCAUGCACAGGUCAAGCAGUCUGGCAAGUUCUCGUUCGUUCGUGUCUUCGAGUCCGGUCACGAAGUGCCUUUCUACCAACCCCUCAUGAGUCUGGAAAUGUUCGAUCGUGCCAUUCACGGCAAGGAUAUCGCCACUGGAAGACGCACAGUCAAGGGUGGAUACAAGACGUCCGGUCCGACCAAGAGCACAUACCGUGAGGGUAACUCUACUGUGCAAUUCGAAAUCGUCAAUGCGACCGCUACAUACAAUACUACUCUGAAUGGACCCGACCCUUCGUCGACCAAGAAGAGCUUCAAAGCUGCGAGCAAAAGGCGUCUCUUCAAGCCCACAAAAAGAGUCGUCGAUCUGACAGUCUGGACACAUCCGCCCUUUGAUACAAGAGAAAGGACAGCAGACCAUCUAUUACCGAUCCUGGAAGCAUAA